AUGUCCGAAGAACUCAGCAAAUUGAAGAGCCAGGUGGAAGAGCUGCAACAACUGGUCAAGAAACAGAACCUCUUGAUCAGCAAGACAGGCCAGUCUGUGUUGGAAAUGCAAGUGGCUAAGCAGAAAAGCGACGUUGAAGACUUCGAUUCCAAGUACUCAGGAUUCAACAAGAGCGGGAAAUCAGGGUCGUCUGCUGGGCAUAACGACGCGACCGAUUUCGCCACUAACGAUGACCUGGUGCAGCUAGUGGGUGAGCUACAAGGUCAAUUGGAGUCCAUCGAGGAACGGUCCAUCAGAAGACUGGUAAACUCGACCAAGGUUGAAAAAAAGGAUUAUCUUGCGCCACUGCCCAACUCCGACGGUGAGAUCCCAACUAUCACGGAAGGCUUCUUCCCACGCUCGUUGGAAGACUUCGAAAACGUCUCUGACGUCGAUCUCUUCAAACUAGCAAAAUUCUACGAACUUUUAGCGCCCAGCGUGAAGGAACAGGAAAAGUUCGAGGAUUAUCUCGAGGGCAAGCUCGACAACUUCCAUAUCAACGACUUGCCCGAGGAAGACAUCAAAAAAGAGCUCGAGAAUUUCUCCGCAGACCAAUUGACCGAGACCUUUAACGACGUUGCAAGAUUUCUGGGCGUCAAAUCCAGAAGAGGCGCCGACAUCUGGUAA